CAGGCAUUAUUGUUUUUGGACACCCAUCAUUUUUUAUUUGUAAAGCUUUGGAAGACGGAAACCUUUUGUUAGAAGAGUGGCACCAUCAACUCUUCCACCCUCCAACUCUUCCUCCCCAAGAUAUGGAUUGGGAACCACUAGCACUAGUUUUUCUCCUCUUGUCACGACCCAACACGAGGUCGCCACCCUAGGACUAUAAUUCCACCUUAAUCCCUAUAAUAUAAGUAGUCUUUUUACACCAAAAGAAGAAGAAAUUGAAAUCCCAACAAAAAUACUAAAUUCUUCCCAUGUAUUCAAGUUAUUACCCUUUGCACGUGGCUGGAUAUAUGGUGAAAUUAGUCGGUUGCACAUAAACUAGCCCGGAUAAAACUUUUUUAGAUGGAAUCAUAAUCCUAGUGCACGAUUCUUUUUUGUAUUGGGAAAGUAUUUGUUGCCACUAAAAAAAGAAAAAAAGAAAAUUUAAAGUAAAUGGCGACGAGGAGCAACUUCUACAAGAAUCCUUCCUAUGCUUACAACAAAGACUUCAAUCUCAAUUCUGCUCUUCAAAAUCUUCAAGCUUAUAAUGUUGUUACCGGUAACAUUCCUCCUCCGGUCGAGUCGAAUUCCGUUGAGGAGAAAACCGUCCACCGGAAACUUCGCCGGGAACGGAAAUCUAAGGUGCACCAGCACAAGGAAGUGGAAGAUAAUGACGUCCCUCUGUCUCACCUGGAUUAUAUUAAAAAAAGGAGGAAGGAGGCUAGUUCAAGUCAGCCUUAUCAAGAAUUGACUGCAGAAGUGUUGGAACCUUCACAUUCAGCAUUGCAUUUGGUGGAGUAUGAGA